AUGAAAUCAGAAGCAUAUGCCCCUGCAGGACAUGCAACAUAUCCUCGUCCUUAUGGCUAUAAACCUCACCGUCACGAUCACCGUGGUAGUUCUGGUUUAUGCGGGUGCCUAAGGUGCUGUUGCUGGUGCUGUAGUUGCUGCCGCUGCUGCAUCUAUAUAAUUUUGUUCAUAAUUAUACUCUUGGUGGGAAUUGGUUUGGUUUUAUACUACCUUAUUAAGCCUGUAGUUCCUUCCUACGACCUUGAACAGAUUGAUAUAAAGUCUUUUGAUAUUAGAAAGGAUGAUAAGUUAUACACUGAUGUUGAGGUUGUUGUGAAGGCAGAGAAUCCGAAUAAAGACAUUGCGAUGGACUAUUUGGAAAAUGAAGUUGGGAUAAUGUACUCAGGGUCUCAACUUUGUUCAGGGCAGAUACCUCCUUUCUUGCAGCCAGGUAAGAACACAACAACACUCAAGGUGGAGAUGAAGGGGGAAAGCGAGUUUGGAGCCCAAAUGCAAAAUCGACUUAUGGAAGACGAGAAGUUAGGGAAAAUUCCUUUGCUAAUAACAGUGAGGCUUCCGAUAAGGUUUGUGAUUGAAGAUAUUGUUCAUCUCAAGAAAAUUGUGGCCAAGGUAAAUUGCUCCGUGCUUCUUGACAAGUUGGAACCCAACAAAAAGCCUAGUAUUUUGAGUAAAGAUUUCACUUAUGGAGUAGGGUUCUGA